AUGGAGUAUAGCAAUAAAACUGAGACUAAUUAUUUUUUCCUUCUUGGAUUUCCAUCUUUAAUUGAACUACAAAUUAUAUUGUUUAUAUUUUUUCUGCUUGCUUACAUUCUUACAAUAUCUGAAAAUGCAAUUAUUAUUAUAAUGAUAAGACUACAUUCAAAGCUUCAGAAACCUAUGUAUUUUUUCCUAAGCAAUUUGUCAUUUCUUGAGAUCUGUUAUGUGUCUAUUACUGUUCCUAAAUUAUUAGCAAACAUUUUCACUGAAAAUAAAAUGAUUUCUUUCUCUGGUUGUGCAGCCCAGUUCUACUUCUUUUGUUUCUUGGGAGCAGCAGAAUGCUUUAUACUUGCAUUCAUGGCUUAUGAUCGGUAUUUGGCCAUUUGUCACCCUCUUCAUUACAUGACUAUGAUGACAAAGUCAAAGUGUCUAUGCAUUUCAGUAGGAUCAUGGGUGGCUGGUUUAUUCUUACCCCUGGGUAAUAUUAUUCUUGUGUUUGGCCUACAUUUCUGUAAUUCAAACAUCAUUGAUCAUUUCUUUUGUGAUAUACUACAAGUAGUUCACUGGGUUUGUUCCGACACUCCUCUUACUAUCCUAUUUGUAAUAAAGCUAUAUAUUUUAAUCUAUACAUUUUUAGUCAUACCCCUACCAUUUUUACUCAUUCUUAUAUCCUAUGUCCGUAUCCUUGUUAAUGUGUUUAGAAUGCAUUCUUCAGCCGGGCGUAAAAAAGCUUUUUCAACAUGCGGCUCCCAUCUUACAUCUGUAUGCCUGUUCUUUGGGUCAGCCACCAUAACCUACUUAAGAACAAAAGCUAUUGAUACAUAUGGUGGACCCAAAGUGUGGUCACUUCUUUUUCUUGUGUUUGUUCCAAUGCUUAACCCACUUAUAUACACUCUUCGGAACAAUGAAGUGAAAAAAGCUUUUCAAAGGCUUGUAGACAAAGCUUCUUAUGGUUAA